GGACAGGAUGGUAUGGUCUCCCUUUGGUUACCAGACACCUGUGAGGUCUUUAUCCUCCAGGUACUCAAGGUUAGACAGAUUGUCCUGACGUGUCUAGAAUGUAACUAAUGAUCUUCAAGUAAGCCACAGAAUCAAACUUAUAUUUAUGUAAGAUGUGUAAGUGGAUAGGUAGUGGCUUGCGAGGUUUCUCUUCAGCAUUCACACUAGCUCUCUGCUGAUGCUAUAGAGAGAACACGAAGGGGGAGAUGCUGUCUUCAUACCACAACAGAUGAUGUGAUUUCUCAUUCACAUUUCUGCUGUGAGUUAUACAUUCAGGAAGGUCUUACUUUUUUUCACAGUUACAGAUGUCAGAUGUCCUUAAGAGGAAAAACAAAACCCACAUCCUCUUUGUUUAGAUAUAUAACACAGAGUGAAUAGGGGAGGCCAGGCAGACACCAUGGGUGUUUUUUUCACUCUGUCCACCUCUGCUGCCAUCAUUCUCCUGAUACUUCCUGGAGAGUUGUGCGUGGAUAUCAUCGGAGGACAUGAAGUAGCACCACACUCAAGGCCAUUUAUGGCCAUACUCGACGGAAAAGAUUUUUGUGGAGGAGCUUUGAUCAAGCCAGACUGGGUGUUAACAGCUGCUCAUUGCUGUCUGAGAGGAGGCAGCGUUACCCUUGGAGCCCAUUCACGGACAAAAAGAGAAAAAGAAAAACAGGUUAUUAAGAUUGCAAAAGAAAUUCCCUACCCAGCCUACUCUUUCCAAACAAAGGAACACGACAUUAUGCUGCUGAAGCUUGAGAAAAGAGCAAAAAUUAAUCGCGCUGUGAAAGUCAUUCCCCUGCCUACCUCUGGUAAUGAUGUCAAACCAGGAACAACUUGCAGUGUAGCAGGAUGGGGACUAACUGUGAAUAAUAGGAAAGAAUUGUCUGAUACCCUGAGAGAAGUUAACAUCACUGUCAUCAAUAGAAAAACCUGCAAUGACAAGAAACAUUACAAUAAUCAAAUAACAAAUAACAUGGUAUGUGCAGGAUCUAAGCAAGGAGGAAAGGACUCAUGUCAAGGGGAUUCAGGUGGACCUUUAAUAUGCAAUAAUGUGCUGAAAGGCAUCACUGCUUUUGGGAAGGAUAAGUGUGGUACUCUCAAUGGUCCUGGUAUCUACACUCUAAUCACAAAACAACACCUUCAGUGGAUAUGGAAAACCAUAGGUGGAGACUUACAGACUGGGAUUUGAUCAAACUAUUUCCUGCUUUGUGACUGAGCAACAAAAUGUAGCUUUGAAAUAUGCUUUUGAAAACAGCUUCAUGAUAUGCCCAUAAUAUUCCCAUGAAGUUAUUCCCACACUGAUUUUUAGUACCUUGAAGUCUGUAUAGAUAAAUUUCAUAUAUCCAUUUUAGGGAGAGGCACGAUUUUAACCAAGCUGAACAGAGCGCUCUGCUAGAACAGCUUUUGUAGCUUAUAGAGUUAUGGAGUCCAUUUGUGACUCAAGCUUUCAGCCUCCUCAUGUUGCACAUUCAGACUUAGCUUUACAUGGAUGAGUGUUUCUGACCAAGUGUCAAAUCAAAUCAAAGUGUAAUUUCCAACUUGAAUUUGAAGCCUCUGCGUGUCAACUCUUCAUGUAAUCUGCAUUAAAUAAAAGAAAUGGCAAUAAA